GUUUCAACAAGCUAUCAUCUGAGCAGUUUCUAAACCCUAGCAAUGGCGGAAGAAAUCUCUACCAAGGAAGUUAUCAUUGAGCCAGCAAAGAAGAUCCAGAAAAUCGAUCAUCAUCAUCAUCAUGAUCAUGUCCCUGAUCUAAAGGUGAAGAAACUCUCUGAAAAUGCUGUACUACCUUGUAGGGCUUCAUCUUUUUCUGCCGGUUACGAUCUCUCCAGUGCGAAGGAGGUGAAAGUUCCCGCUAGAGGAAAAGCUUUAGUUCCGACAGAUCUCAGCAUUUCCAUACCUGACGGAACCUAUGCUCGAAUCGCUCCACGUUCCGGUUUGGCAUGGAAACACUCGAUUGAUGUUGGCGCUGGAGUGAUCGAUGCGGAUUACAGAGGUCCAGUUGGAGUUAUCUUAUUCAACCAUUCUGAUGAGGAUUUUGAGAUCAAAUCUGGCGAUAGGAUUGCGCAGCUCAUAAUAGAGAAGAUCGUGACGCCUGAAGUGGCUGAGGUGGAUGAGUUGGAUUCAACUGUUCGUGGUGCUGGCGGAUUUGGAUCUACUGGUGUCAAAAAUGGAUGAAGAUGAUGGAUGGAUGGAUGCUAUAGGUACUAGAAUCUAGAUAGGUAUGUAAGAAGUAUUCUGAUUUCUGAUGAUGGUAAUUUUCGGUGAUCCAUCAUCAUUCAUCACAUCAGUUCAUUCCAUGUUCUUGCUUCUGCUAAUUGACUACUUUUGUAAGCAGAAUGAAUUUAAACUUCGUUUAUCAUAUUAAUCUUUUGAAGAUUCUGUGUUU